UUGAGUUUUGUUGCUCUGCUGACGAUUCGCUGCCAAAAUGAAUAGCAAGUAGCCUUCUGGUUCAUGUCUGACCCCCCGUCUUGCUCCUGUCAGCCAGUAUGGGUCGCAGUUAUAUAGUAGAAGAUGCCGUGGAGGGAUAUCUGACGAAACAAUGUGAACAAAAAGCAGGUCCAGUCACAGGCCUGCUAAUUGGACAGAGCUCAACCCAGAGGGAUUUUGUCGUCACGGCAACUCGGACGCCCCAAAGAGAGGAAUCUACUGCAGCGGCUGGAAACUCUCUGGACAAGGAGUGGGUGACUGAGCAUGCUCGACAGGUGUCUCGGAUGCUGCCCGGAGGCCUGUCUGUAUUGGGAGUCUUCCUCAUCACUGAAACUGACGGCAAGGACACACUUACCACACUCCGACAGCUGGUCUUUGCAGUGGAGAACCUGAUCUCCUCCGAGCGUCUGUGGAACCCAGCAGAUGAUGACGUCACUGACUAUGUCACCCUGCACGUCAACCCCAAAACCAGAAAAACCUUCUGCAGAACCUUCGACGUCAAAGACCCCAAGAGCGUUGCCAAGCCUGCAGACUGGAAGUACCAGUCAGGUUUGUGUUCCUCCUGGAGCACGGUGUCCUGUUGUUUAAGCGUGGACAUGUUGGUGCCACUGCCAGACAACAGAACCAAUACGGAGGACACGGAUAAAUGUCUAAAGGAGGGGCUCAGAGUUUGGGCACACCAGCUGGAGAGUGGAGUUUGUCUGAUCGAUGGGAAAAGGCUGGCCGAGGACUCAGAGCUCACCGUAGGACAGAAGAGGAACGUGAGACAGACGUACACAGCUCAGCUACUCAUCACACCGGAUGAGCGGAGGUCGGCAGAUGCGGUCCAGCAGUGUGGAGGCAGCGUGUCAGUCAGAGGAGCCAUCCACAGCAGAGCUUACAUACACAGCAACAAACCCAAGGCCAGACUGGCAGAGAAGCUGCUGAAGAGGGACGCGGUCUCUACGGUGGCCACGAGGGUUCAGAUGCUGCUGGAGGAGCUGCUGACGACGGAAGGGGAGAGCAAAGGCAGCGGAGACAAACAACGGAGAGAGCAAUUCUCCCUCCCCAAUCGUAUCUUCUGUCCAUUGAAAGCGAGCGGGCCGGUGUGUGUGUGCGACUACCUUUUCAGUGACGAAGGCCUGUCUGAGGUGACGGACAGGCUGAAGGAGAUGCUGGACAUUGACGCGGCUGAGGAGGACCUGGAUACCAGGCAGGAAACGCCCGCUGAAGUCAUAGAGAGAGAUGCUGCAGCAGGUAGGACGAAGCCCACCCUGGAAACCGUUGAAGCGCUGGAGCCCAAGAGGAACAACUACAUUGGUGUUGCCAUGGCUACCGCCGUCACCCUUCUUGCCACUGCUGCCUCGAUGCUCUAUCUCAAUGACGUUUGAUACACACACAUGCACACACCAAAUAAAACGUUUGUUGUUAACAUU